GCGAGAGAGUUCGUAAUGUCAGCAGCGGUCCACGCCAAAGAACACCGCGGCGGCAAGAUGGCUCGUCGCAGCAGUUAUUUUAUGAAGCGCAUGAAGCCGCGGUCCCAUUCCUUGGACCUGACGGCAUUGCAGCGUUCGGGGAUACCGCUGCCUUCGGUUCAGCGGGACGCAGACAGCGAUGCGGAGACCGAUGGAAGAUUGCCAUCAGGGCUGCCCUCAGGGCUCCCGCACCGACCAGAUAGCUUUAAGAAAGCAAUUUCCAAGUCUAAUGCGUAUGCCAGUCACCUCCACGGGUUCCCCUCCCACCAUCUGCCUGCCCAGCGGGACUACACGGCAACUGAGAAGGAGAUCAGAACGACCGUUGACUGGAGCGAGAACGCGAUCAGCGGGGACCAUAUUUGGACAGAGACCAAUGCUUCGGGCGAUUUCUGUUACGUUGGGGAACAAGAUUGCCUGGUAAGUCAGUACUGGAAAACGGGAUCAAGGCGGAAAUGUGCCGCGUGCAAGAUCAUCGUUCACACAGCGUGUAUGCUUCAGUUAGAAAGAAUAAACUUCAAGUGCAAGCCCACAUUUCGGGAUGCUGGCAUCCGCAACUACAGGGAGAACCAGGUUGUGCGCCAUCACUGGGUGCACAGGAGAAGGCAAGAUGGCAAGUGUAAGCAGUGCGGCAAGAGCUUCCAACAGAAGCUUUUCCAACAGAAGGAGAUCAUCGCAAUCAGCUGUUCCUGGUGCAAAGUGGCUUACCACAACAAGGUGGCGUGCUUCAUGAUGCAACAAAUCGAGGAGCCCUGCUCCUUAGGCAUCCAUGCCAGCAUCAUCAUCCCGCCCUCCUGGAUCAUCAGACUACCAAAACAGAGAAUCCAGGGCUCUUUUAAGUCCUCACAGCGCAAGAAGAAGAAGCCUUCCAUCAAACGCAAGUCCAUCACCAAGAAGGAGGAAGGCAAGAUGAGACCGUUUAUCAUCAAACCCAUCCCGUCACCCAUGAUGAAACCUAUUAUUGUCUUCAUCAAUCCAAAGAGUGGAGGAAACCAGGGGACCAAGCUGAUGUCAAAAUUCCAAUGGUUGCUGAAUCCCAGACAGGUGUUUGAUCUGUCGCAAGGUGGACCAAGGGAAGGGCUGGAGAUCUUCCGCAAGGUGCCCAAUCUUCGGAUCUUAGCAUGCGGCGGGGACGGCACAGUGGGCUGGAUCCUGUCUGAAAUCGACAAGCUGAAAUUCAAGCCUUUUCCUCCGGUCUCGGUGCUCCCACUGGGAACUGGCAACGACCUGGCCAGGACAAUGAACUGGGGAAGGGGGUACACAGACGAACCAAUAUCCAAAAUUCUCACACAAGUAGAAGAGGGACCAGUCACACAGCUAGACAGGUGGAAUUUGACAGUGGAUAAAAACCCCGACGUGGAAUUGACCAAAGAGGAUCGGGAGGCGGACAAUAAUGGACCACUCGAUGUAUUCAACAACUACUUCAGUCUCGGGGCUGACGCACGGACGGCACUCGAUUUCCACGAAUCCAGAGAGGCCAACCCAGAGAAGUUCAACAGUCGAUUCCGCAACAAGAUGUACUAUGCUCGGUCAGGGGGAACGGAUCUCCUGAAACGAACCUCCAAAGACUUGACCAAACAGAUCAUGCUGGAGUGUGACGGAAUCGACUACACCAGCAAGCUACUGGAGUUGAAAGCCCAUUGUAUACUACUCCUCAACAUACCAAAGUAUGCAUCAGGGAACACACCUUGGGGUAACCCCAGCGUUCACACCUUUGAGCAGCAGAGACACGACGAUGGUUUCCUGGAAGUUAUUGGCUUCUCACCGUCACAAAUGGCUGCUCUCUUUGUCGGAGGUCACGGUGAACGCAUCUGCCAAUGUCGGGAAGCCAAAGUCAUCACCAAUGCAAUGAUCCCAGUACAGGUAGACGGGGAACCAUGCAGGCUGGCGCCCAGCAUCAUCCAUGUCAGUAUACGCAACCAGGCCAACAUGGUGCUGAAACCAAAGAGAAGAGGCUCCAUGCCUAUCAAUACAGAUACGCCCUUGUCCAACGACAGGCUAAGAAUCCAAGUCAGCCGGAUCAGCAUGUUCGACUACGAAAGACUCAACUAUGAUAAGGAGAAGCUCAAGAAAGCAUCUGUACCGCUAGGCAUCAUUGUCGUCGAUAGCGACAGUAACCUGGAGCAUAUCCGUGCCCACAUUGAUCGCUUGCUAGAGGUCUACAUCCUCCAGGAUUCCAACGCCAACGGCUCCGCCUCUAGCCUGUCCCCAACCUGGUGCUUCCUGGACUCAACCACGGCCGAUCGCUUCUUCCGAAUCGACCGGUCCCAGGAGCACCUUCACUACAUCACGGACAUCUCAUCGGACGACCUCUACGUGCUGGACCCCGAGCGGACCAAACCCUCCAAUCUCUCUCCUGAGAGUAAGUCUGGAUCCAUGCCGGACCUGCUGGUCCAACAGGAGGUCCUGGGGGCGGCCAAUCGCACCCCGUCGCCGAUCCUGAAGCUGCCUCAGGCCCACAGUGCCGCUCAGCUGCUCCAGGCAAGGAGCGAUAGUACGGAUCAGGACGAGAUCCCCAACUUACACGAGGGCGCCAUUGGCAUCCUGUCUGAGAAUACUAAUUAUGAAAACGAGUACCAACCAGCCACUAGCAGCAGUUGUGAGGCCAUAGUUUCCAACAGCUCUCCCCAGCCACCCAGACGGGACACUCUGUGUGUCUCCGACACGGCACAUCUCAAUCCCCUGGACAAAACACUCAUGGAUGUCUCCAAGCGAGGCGAUGUGGCCAAGUUCUCCGAGUUACACCGGAAGGGUGCCUAUCUGAUGACCGUUGACCAGCACGGGAUGAACGCCCUCCAUCAUGCGGCCAGAUUCGGCCACAAAGACAUUGUCCAGUAUCUCAUUGAAAACGCCCCUGUAAGCAUCCUGGACGCGGUGGACUUUGAGAAGAACCAGACGGCCUUACACAAAGCAGCGUGGUACAUGCGCCGCACCAUCUGCGCCAUGCUGGUGGAAGCUGGUGCCUCGUUAACCAAGACGGACUACCAGGGAAACACCCCCCGGCUCCAGGCACUGAAAGCCGACGACCUGGAACUGGCUGCUUACCUAGAAAGUAAGACCAAAGAGGGAUCCACCUCGUCCUCAGACGUUUAAGGCCAAGCGACAGAGCAUUCGCGUUUCGCGUACCCAGGCCGGGAACGCUAUCAGCUCAUGUUAUCAGAGGACCACGAAACGGCGGUAUAGCAAUGGGAGAAACACGCAACAUCAGUGCCACCACUGAACAUCUGGUAUGUCAGUCACUCCAUAAAACUAUCAGUGUAAUCAGUAAACGGUAUACGAUCCACCAGGAGUUUGCUGAUGGAAACGAAUAAUUAAACAAUCAAAGAUGUUUUCCUGAUGGUGUCUGAUAUUUUGGAUGUAAAAGUCGGUUAAAAAAAAUGUGGACCAAAGUUAGGUUGUUGUCACGGUUUUGAAACUGUGACCCUUCAACUUUGUUAAUACUGGAGAUGGGAGAUAUUUACAUACAGAGGUUGCAUGGAAACUUGUAUAUUAUAGUUGGAAUGAGAUUUUGAGAGAAGCAAGGGGCUGCCUGUUUUGCUGCGCGGACAACAGCGUCCUCUUGUGGUGAAUCAUAGGUCAUGGUGCCACAGAAAUAUGGCACAGCAAAAAAAUAAAAAAGAUAAAAACAAAAUGAGGUUCUAGUGGAUGUGUGCUACUCAGAAGACAAAGUUUUGAACUUUGAUGAAAAGCUCUUGUGCAGAAUUCUCCAUUGCCUUCUAGCAUCGCAGAAAUCUACGUGAAGAGCGCCCCCUGGAGGGCUUUGGUGCAUACGUAAAGUGAACUGCAAUAAAUAUGUACACUGAGCUCGAGAGUGCAAUGGAAUGUGCUGCUGAAUGUAAUGUCUGUAAAGUUUCACAAUAACCUUUGACCCAAUGUUGUAGACUCUGAUUCCAGGAGUUUGAUUCAAGUUUGCAUAAGAGGAUUAGGGAAAGUAUGGUAAACGUUAUGAGAGGUUGGGAUCUAUGACCUAGAAUUGAGGUCAUGCGUUCAGAAGAAGUUCCUGAUAAAUAUUCAUAAAUUCAAGAUACUCAAGUAAUUACAUUGUUUAAGAUUGAUCGAUUUUUUGCGGCAGCAUUUAGCUCACCUAAUGAUUCUGGAGAGUAGGAACCGAACGUAUAUUUUUUUCCACAUUUUUUUGAUAUUUCCAAGUCUGUGGUUUACCAGUGUUUAAUCCAUUUCUGUUGCAACGUCUCGUCACCUGUUACCCUUAUGUCAUUUGCAAUGCAAUGAUGGUGCAUCUGUGGGGUACCAGACUGGAGUUAAUGCCCAACAAGAUAUAUUGGUAUAUAAGGUCAUUCAAACGAGAAUAGAUGAAAAUAAUAGUAAGAUAUUUUGUCAAAGAUAAGAAUUGAGACAAUGGUGCUGAUAGCGUGGUAUUCCCUUUCUCACAGUAUAUAACCCUACCCGUUAUUUUUGUCAAACUUAAAUUUGAACUAUCAAUAGUUGAUAUAUGAAACAGCUUUUCCUUUUAAUAAAGAAUUGAUCUUUUAUUUCAAAUUAUUUUUGAUUCAAUACUUAAAUAACCUUGUAGGAAAAUAGUUUAUUGUACAGCACCUUGUAUUUUUUUAAAUGCACUUCAAUUUAUAUUUUCUAAUUAAAGCAUUUAACACUAUUGAUUUAUUUCGUCAACAUAUUCUAUCCAAAAAAAGAAAAAAAGAAAUGGAUACUGUUUAAUCUUUGAAAGCAAAGAAUUUUUGUUUUGUGAGUAGAAUGAAGAGAAUGGAUAUAUUUUCCGUAGCAGAAUCAUCUAAAAACUCGUAGGUAAACCUGUCUGCUCUAUCUGUCAAUCAAUCAACUUUUUUAUCCUUCUUUGCUGCAAAUGCUUUCCAUUCCCACCAAUCGGUCUUCAUUUGCCAUAAACAUCGUGGAGAGGAAAAAUAAAGAAAUCAUCGUUGUUUCAAUGUAAAUGAUAAAAAGCCAUUUGGAGAUUUCUCUCUGAAUUUGACUCAGCUUUUAGUAUAAGGCCGUGUAAAAUGAAAAUAUUAAUUAAGGUACGUAAACGACCAAAAAUAGUUAUCUGGGGUGCAUGAUAAUAUCGUUCAGGUUGUCAAGGAUGCCAUUGUUUUUAGCUGGAUCAAAAUAAUUCUGCUAAAACUGAAAACAUUUAGGUCCUCAAAAUGUUAAUAUUUUUACAUUAUACCAUUAUAUUUUUGGUGAUAUGUUAUUUAAAGAGGAACAUUGGCUAGAUAUCUUCUGUUGACUUUAUUUUUGUUGUUUUAUUUUGACCGUGUCACAAGCAUCUGACCCAUACACUGGCUGUAGUGGGUAGUCUGUAUUUAGAAGGAAAAAAAUCUAUAUUUUCUAGAUGAAUAUUUUUCCUGUUUACAAAAAGUUAGUGGUUUGGCUAAAAAGAAAUACGCUGUAAUUUUGCUCAGUUUUGCUAAGUCUUUUGAAGAGGCACCUUGUUUUUGAUGAUAUUUGUUCAAAGUUUUGAUUGCAAGAGAACCUUCGUUAUUUGGUAAGAAAACAUAGCACAUGGAGCUCGAUAAAUUCUAUACUACGCACCUACCUGCAAAAUGCUUAGGGAGUCGGAGUUUAUAUAACAAAUCAUUUAGCUCGUCUUUUGUGCUGCCGUACUAGCUGUAAUGGAAUAUAUACAUGUGGGGUGCUGUGUAUAUAGCUAUAGUGUAGUGUAAAUUGGCCUUUGCUCAAAAAUGCUGAAUAUUACAAAUUGAGUUGAUUAUAUUUAUUGAUUUGCAAGCAGUUUUUGAUGUGACGGUCAAUUCUGUGCAAAGUUCCAUUUUUUUAUGCUCAGGUCGUUUAGUGCUUUUUAAGCUUGUAUCAUUAAUUAUAAUUUUGUUGUAGCUUUUUGCUUCAUUAUAGUUACGACGAACUUCCCUAUCUGAAGACGAAUGGAAUGUCUCGAAUCAUUUGUGGUGUUCGAUUUUGAGCGUUCCAUUUAUCUUCUAGGGAUGGUUUGCUGAGUAACUAUUAAAAAAACACUCCACUGGGCAGCUAAAAAAAUGAGUGGCUGGUCGCCGUUGGUGGCGCACACCAAAGGUUGAAGGUCACCUUUUUAUGUAGUGACUUAAACAUGACUGAUAUACUCAACCGACUGGGGAAAAAAAUGGAUUGACUAAUGAAGACAAAAAGUCCCCCUUACAUUUCUUUUAAACACAACUUUUUCAUGCAGUAAAAGGUAAACUUUUUAAUAACUCUUCCCUGGUAAAAAGUUAUUAUAUAUGGCGAAUAGUGCCCGCCAUUGCCCUCAACUCGCUCUCCUUAGUGUGCGAAGCAGCGCCCUCUUUCGUUAAAACAGCCGAUCAUCACGAUCAUCACGAUCAUCACGAUGCAGGGUCAUCACGACCCUGCAGUGGGAAGCGGGUGCAGUUUCUAAACUUGACUUGAAUGAUUGGGUUAAGUCUUUGAACAACAUGUAUCUCUGUCGAACCACUAGAUUUCCUUGAUUAUUCUUCGGUAUAUUCUGCCAUAAGGUUAUCAUACGAUGUGUUGUGCCCGCCAGCCACAGAUGCGUUUGGUUGGUUAAAAAAAGAGUGUUUGAAUUUACUUUGCGAUAUAAGUAUAGUUUUGGUAGAUUUUAAUUUACUUUAAAACAACAACAAAAGUACGUCAAAAGCCAUGUUCACUAUUCAGUUGGUCCCUAUAAAAAAGUAGGUUUAUCAAUAGUAAAUAGCUAAAAAAAUUAAGCCUUCCCCACCACGUGGCGUGAUAGCAAAAGACCAUAAUGAGAUGGUAAUGACAAGAAAUUGACUUGAACCGAAUUUGACAAAAUUGGAAAAAUACUCCCUUGAAAACGGACGCACGUAAUACAUCCGUGACGUUGUGUACAAUGUAGAUCCAGAAUUGUUUUAUACUUUUUUGUAAAAAGUGCAGAGACUAAAAACUUGACUAUUCACCGAUACCAAGCGAUACUGAUGAUGUGGUGACUAUCUGUGCCUUUGGAAGGUCAAAGGUAAAAUAAUUGUAGAAAUUGUACCAUUUGGUACUAAUUCGUUUAUUAAUUAAAGUUUUAUUGUAAUCAACCGUAAGUGACUAGUGCACGAUGUGUAGCAACAUCGGCAUUUGUUGUAAAAAGGUAUUGCUUAUAAAAGUGUUAUGUGUAGGAAACGUCUUUCUGGUGAAAUUAUUAUUAUUAAAAAAAGACAGUUUAUUAUAUUCUGAAAUUUCGGUUUUCGGUCUUCACGUGUGUGUGGCUUUUGAAGGCCCACAUGUAGUUGAAUUGAUGUAUAUUUUGAAAUUUAAAAAAAAAAUUAAAAGCUAUGGAUAUUUCAAGGACCGUACUUUGGGGUGUAACGGCAAAAACCAGUUGUGACCGAGAAAAGGCUGGGAACAAAUCAGGAGUUAAUUUCAAGAGUGUUGAUUGAGGGUGAAAUAUUCACUAUUGCAUCAUUGUAAAAUGCCUAUUGGAAUAAAUAGGCAACGAUGUGGCAAAUUCA